AUGGUGCAGCACAAGGCUCGCGACUUGGGAUGGAUCAAACUCACCCAUGUCUGCCGUCACUGGCGUCAAGUUGCUCUUGCACACCUCUCUCUCUGGACAACAAUCACCAACGACCUUGGGGCGAAGUGGGUGCCUUUGAUGCUCGUUCGCGCGCAAUCUUUACCAGUUAAUAUUCAAUGGAACCCUUUGGCGGAAACACUGGGGAAGGCAUCACCAGUUGAGGUGGACUUCGCACCUCAUUUGUCCCACAUCCGUACCCUCCAAAUUUCAGAUACUAUUGACCGCCUUUCGCAAAUUAUCCAUACUCUACUACAGCCUGCUCCCAUGCUGGAACGUAUCACGAUCUUGGAUACAGCCUUGGGUAGUUCUAUAUUACACGUUCCUGCAGAUCUUUUUGCCUCAAAUGCCCCUCGCCUCCGCACGGCUAGAUUUAUUGGGCUCAUCGUUUCCUUGGACAUUCCAAUCUUGCAGCACAUUACCACGCUGGAUAUACGGUUACGGUCACCAUCUCCUGAACGUUUGCCAUCGACUGAUCAGUUCUUCAAUUCCUUGUCUAAGCUGCAUUGCCUUGAAUGUCUGCGCAUCGAGCACUAUCUUCCACGCUGCCCAGAUGGCAUCUCAGUUCGCAGUCAGACCCGGCAUCCCCCUAUCAUGCUUCCUCAGCUUUCGAAAAUCAUGUUGGAAGGGCCACUGCGAAGCUGCGCCGUCGCUAUUUCCAGCAUCUACGUCCCACCAACGGUGUCCAUUGGCCUCAUUCCUCAUGCAGAAGGACCUGCCGAUGAUCUUCGAGCUUUCAUUCCUGUCCUUGAGACGGUGAGCGGCAAAUUAGGUGGUGUGGAACCUAUCCGUAUGCUUCAGGUAACGGACAAUCGUGACAAUGGGGUUUUUAGUGUUUUUGCAUGGCGAUUUGUGUGCGACAUCCCCGACGAUAAACCUCUGAGUAAUUUUCCAAAGCGUCCUACAAUCAGCAUCAAUUAUCGCGCUCCCAACGAGGAUAGGCCAGACGCUCUCAACAAACUAUACCCGGUCUACAGGUCUCUUUGUCUUCCUGUAGUGUGGAUGCUGGGGCUCACAUUUUAUCAAGAUGUGAAGACAGAUUGGUUUGAACCACCACUCCUAUCAUGUCCAAAUCUGCAGCGCAUCUUCAUGUGGGGCCCUAGGCUGAAAACGCAUCUAUGUGAUGCACUAGGGCCGGUCUCAAACUCUGGAUCUCAGGGCGACGCAAAAGUUGGAGUCCAUUUUCCCAAUCUCCGUUCGAUCCACCUCUCCAGUGUUGAAAUUGACAACAUGACUCAUGAAAGGAGUCAGUUCAGAAAGCGGUUCAAAUCUGUCCUCGAGAUGCGUAGGGAGUUAUCAGUGCCACUCAAGAGGCUUGAUCUUAAGAACUGUUCGGCUUCGACACGUCACCUCAAUCAGCUCAAUCAGCUUGUGCCGGAAGUGUUUUGUUCUGACGACGGCCUCUAA